AUGGCUUCUAUCGGUAAAUCGAACUGGUUCCAGAGACGAGACCGCUGCCUUGGACGUGCAAACUUGGUCGCCGGGCUACUGUGCCUCGAGGCUAGUGUUGUCGUCGCGACCCUCAUCCUGUUUGGUAUAGCGUAUCCGGACCGCUUCCGCUCGCGGUUGUGGAGGAACGGCGGAGAGGAAGGGUGGUGCUCGAACCCGCGGUUGAGGAUUUACUUCUAUGCCAACCACGAAGAACCGCCAGAGAUUCCUUUGAUAUGGAGUCAAAGACUAACGACAUCGAACAUGGCCACCGCGGUCCUUGCAGCGUCGAUCUUCUUUGCCCGCCUCAUGAUGGCCGCCCUGCAAUACGAAGCUCGAUGGACGAACCUCGCGUACGAUGUUUUUCUCGCUGUUCUGUGGGCCUGCAGCGCCGCGGCGCAGGACGGGUCCGACUUCUCUGAUCCCCAACAUCUCAGCGAGAGACCGUGGUAUCUCGUGCGGAGCUGCGACGAAGCUUGGGUCCAGAACCGUGGAUGGUGCAGAGUUGCGAAAUGGGGAUAUGCUUGGGCGACACUGGCUGCGUCGCUAUAUAUUGCGAAGAUUAUCGGCUCUUUAGGAUGGCUGGCAUAUCAGAGCGGCAAGCGAGACGGCAAGGCGGAUGCGUUGACAUCGCAGUCGCUGUUGGAAGGCUGGUCCUGGGAUGGAGAAAACUGGAUUGCAUUAUACAAGGACCACAAAGAGGAGGACGACUGGGCAUGA